GUCAAUCUCUGUGAAAAUCUCGUUAUUUGUACAAAAUUUAAAAUUUUCCCAGGCAGCAACUUCUUAUUCUCUUCCUAAAAUCCAAAAUUCCAAACUAAUUCCAACACGCUUUAAUUUCUCCUUCUUUUUUAUUUUUAUAAUCAAAUUAUUAUUGUUAGUAUCAUUUUGGUUUUAGAAUUAGAUUACAGCAAGUCCCCUCCUCUUCUUCUCCUCCUCCUCCUCCUCUGUAAAUUACGUUUUCCGAAAUCAAAUCGACGCAAUUUUUUGUACAAAAGUUCCUGCAAAUUUUGCUCAAAAAGGCUUGUAGUUUUUUUAAGAUAGGAAAAAAUUCUGAUCCAAUUAUUCGUUAUCGCCUUGCCAAUAUACGACGAUUCCGUGAUUCUCUGGAGCUCUGAUUCAUGUUUCUGAAUUGGAACCUAAAUCCAAGAAAACAAUGAAGAAAUCAAGUUUCCUCCAUCACCAUAAUCCUAAAGACAUGCUCUCCAGGAGCUUCAAACCUGCUAAAUGCAAGACGUCGUUGAAGUUGGCUGCUUCUAGGAUGAAAUUGCUCAAGAAUAAAAAGGAAGUACAAGUUAAACAGAUGAAGAGAGAAUUGGCUCAGUUGCUUGAGUCCGGUCAGGACCAGACCGCUCGGAUUCGAGUUGAGCAUGUCGUCAGAGAAGAGAAAAUGAUGGCAGCAUACGACCUUCUUGAAAUAUAUUGUGAGCUCAUUGUAGCACGCUUGCCAAUCAUUGAGUCUCAAAAGUAUGUAUAAUCACAAAUCAUUUCUUUGGAAUUGAUAUUUUAUCUGUAUAUAGUAAUUCUGGAUGUCUGAUAUUCACUUAUUGCUCCUAGUUAUGUCAACUAUCUAGCAUUGCUUGCAGAAUUCUUAACCGUGAAUGCGACAAUAUGAUCUUGCACACUCAAUUUGUGAUCUCUACAAAUACAGGGGAGCAAUAUAUGACCCAAAAAUGUGUUCCGUGUACAUAACGUAUUGUCUUAAAGCACAUUACUCAACUUAUAGCUUUUCAGUCCAAUGGAAAUCCCUGAACUGUAGUCCUAUUUAUACUCUCUCAUUCAAAAUGGGUACUUCGUUUCCUGAGUUUGUUUAAGUACCUUCAAUUCUAGACACCAGUUUGGUCACUUCUCUUAUAGAUGUGCACUGUAGGGCAAUUUUGGCAAUUGCUUCUUAUUUGAUUUAAUCUGCAUUACUGAGGGCAAGUUGAUGAAUCCAUUUGAUUCUUUUAACAGAGAAUGCCCCAUUGACCUGAAGGAAGCAGUUACAAGUGUCAUAUUUGCUUCCCCAAGAUGUGGAGACGUACCAGAACUUAUUGAUGCAAGGAAGCUUUUGAGUGCGAAAUAUGGAAAGGAGUUUGUAACUGCAGCCAUUGAGCUGCGCCCGAAUUGUGGUGUUAGCCGCUUGCUGGUUGAGAAAUUAUCUGCUAAUGCACCUGAUGGGCAGACCAAACUGAAAAUUCUGACAAAAAUUGCCGAGGAGCAUAAUAUCAAAUGGGAUCCAAAAUCAUUUGGACAAAGUGGCAUACAGCCUCCAGAUGACUUGCUGAAUGGACCGAGCACCCUUGGGGAAAGUACAGUACUUCCUGAAGUUCCUCGCACAACUCCUAAAUUGCAGGCUCCAUCUGGUUAUGAUAAAAUGGAGAACCAGCCAACAGAUUUCUAUCAACAGAAUUCAAGAUCAUCAGCAGGGAACCCUGAAUUUGCUUCUGUACAAGAUAGUUUCAGCAGAACUACUUCAUCUUCCAUCCCAAAAGAACAAAUGAAACCUUCAGUAGGUAGGCAGGAGAAGGAGGAAAUUAGUGAAUCAUUUCAGAGAGAGCAAGGUAGUUCAUUUAGCAGGGAAAGUUGGAACAUGGAGUUCAAGGAUGCUACAGCAGCAGCACAGGCAGCAGCUGAAUCUGCUGAACGUGCUAGUAUGGCUGCUAGAGCUGCUGCUGAGCUUUCAAGUCGUGUCCAGACUGCAGCUACAACGUAUUCUCCCUCAGAAAAUCGUAAUUCUAAUGGUGGUGUUCAUAGAGAUGAGAGACCACGAAAACAUGUUUCCUCGAAACACUCCAGUGAUUACGGUUCACAAGAUUCAGUUAAGGACUCCCUAUCAGACAGGAAACCCAGCUUUCAGAACAACCGGCCUGAUAUGAUUAAACAGGAAGGUAGAGAAAGUUCAUCCAGAAGAUCCUACCAGGAUGAUCGUGAUAGAGUAAAUAAAUAUGGUGAUAUUGGACCUGAAACGUUGGUCCAGGAUGAGACUUUUGCUCAUGGCAUCCAAGGACCAGAUGGUCAUUUACAUAAAAGCUCAUCUAAGAAAGAGGAAAUUAAAGUUGAAAGCAGUGGGCGAAGGCAGUCUGGUAAGUUUGAGAGCGAAGAUAUGAAUGACCCCCGGGUUGGUUUUGGCGCUGAGAACUUCACUUAUCCCAUGGAAAACAUGAUUAAGAAACAAUCCAGUGUUCGCUCUUACAGUUCUUAUUCAAACAACUCUGAUAGUGAUGGGGAACCCCCGAACUCCAGUCGCAAAAUUCUUGGCCAUCAUGAUGGCAAAGGUCCAUUUUUUGGUGAAGAUGAAGAAAACAAUUCCAGAGACUCUUUGGCGCCCAGCUAUCGUGCUGCUGAUGCUCCUGUAGUUUUUGAUGAGUCUGGUUCUGAUGGUGAGGAUAUUGGGUCUGGUACAGGUUUCAGGAUGAACGAGGAUUCAAAUUUUCAUUUUGCAUCACCCGGUAGAAGCUCUCUUUCUAAUUGGCGUGCAAACUCAGGCAGUGAAAGCUAUAUACAGAGGACAAGAAAAUCAUCUGUUGGUGCUAUGGCAGAGUUAUCUAAUGAAAAGCAUUCCUUUGCUGAGUUCUCAGAGAUCGUAGAACCUUCUAUGGAUGGUUCACAAGCAGAUAAUUAUGGCCCUGUAACUUUUGAUGAUUCAGAUGGUUCUGAGAGUGAUACUAACAUGCCUCAUGCUGAACAUGGUGGAUCUGAUGAUGAUAGAUAUCCUCUGAACAGAAGAAAACAAAAUGAUGACUUGUCAGGGACUCAGAUCUAUAGAAAUGAUAGCCGAAAGGCAGAUAAAAAAGAUAGCCGAAAGGCAGACAUGAGUGUAAGUGAAUCUUCACCUAACUGUCAAUCGUCUGUUAGACUUGGGAAGUCUCAUCAAGAACUUAAGAGUGAUGUUGGAGAUGACCCCAAGUACCUAGCUUCAUCAAAAUCAAAGGUCUCUUCUGUGCAAGGAGUACUAGACGACAUAGACUCAGCAGAUUUACUGAAGCCAGAUAUGGAUGAAAAUUCAGAUGAAGGGAUGGGUUUGAACUUCAAAAACUUAACUGGUGGCUUUCGACAGAAGGGUUAUGUUCGUCCUCCUUAUACAAGGGGUAAAGUUGAUGAUAAUAUUUAUUCAACUAAUACAGUUGCAGAUGAAAUCCCUUCUAUGACUAGGCAAUCUGUUGCUGCUUCUUCUGCUGAAAGAUUUACAAGCACUAGACAGGAGAAACUUGCAGGUAAUGGUAGAGGCUCAAGGGUGACAGAUUACAGUUCUGAUUCUGAUAGUGAUAGUUCCAUGGAUGAAGUUAAACACCAACCUGUAAGUCUCAGAGGAGAGCCAGACAUCCGAGAUGCUCGCAAAGAUGUUCAAGCUCCAUCUAGCUUAAGAGGUUCAGCAUUUUUUGACGGUGACUCGGAUGAUGAUUCCCCAUCAAAAGUUAAUAUUGCUAAAAGUAAAGUGGUUAGUGGGAUUUCUAAGAGGACAAAACCAUCUCAGUCAAGUUCAACCUCAAUCUCUAAACCAAAGGCUGGCUCAAGCUCAGAGAUUCGUGUAAAUGAUUCUGGAUCUGGAAGAACUCCAACUAAUAGAGCUUAUGGUGCCGAAACUCCUCAAGAUCAUAUGAACUGGAAUAGGAACUCAGAUCAGCGCCAAAAGCCUGAGCGGACUAGCUCAGGAAAAGUAGCUUCCAAGGCAUCCGAAACUCCUCAAGAUCAUGUGAACUGGAAUAGGAACUCAGAUCAGCGCCAAAAGCCUGAGCGGACUAGCUCAGGAAAAGUAGCUUCCAAGGCAAAUUCAUCAUCUCGGACAUCAUUGCCUGAGGAAAACCAAAAGUCAUCUGCAGCAGAAGCAUCAGCCAGUGAUCAGCGUAAGGCGGAAAAACCUGAAAGUAGUGAAAAACUUAAGCCAUCUGGUGACACUGGAAUUGCCAGAGAGGAUAGCCUGAAGAAACCUAGUCAUGUUCAUCCAAAGCUUCCAGAUUUUGAAACUCUAGCUGCCAGAAUUCAGGCCUUGCAGAAGUGAUUUUUUUUCUUUUCUUUCUCAAUUCUGCGAUUCUUUUAUGCAUUGAGAAUGCUACCUACCUUGACCAGAUGCCAGAUGCGAGAAGAGACUUUUUCUGUUUCUUGUAAAGAGUUCUACAGAUGACCGUCUUUCUUCUAUAUCUUUUUCGGCAUUUGUGGGUUCAUAUAGAGUGAUUAUAACUAAUACAGUACAUUCUUUCAUACUUCAUACUUGAUCCUGAGAGAUAAAAGUUUGGAUAGCUGUACAAAACCUACUCUUUUCCUUGUAUAAUUUCCGGUACAUGAUUUUAUCAGUUACUUGUCCCUUUUUGAAUUUAUUCUUUUGAGUUCAAUUACUUGACUUUCAUGACGUCUGAAUCAUUUAGUUAUCACCU